AUGAACUUCGUUAAGGAAAUCGCCAAGGAGCUCAUGCCCGAGGCUGAGCGAAAAGGGCUCAGCGACUUCAUGCGGAUCAUUCGGCUCCUCUUCCAUUUCGAGUACCUCGAGUCACGCGACAAGUUGAAGCGCAACUUCGACAUCGUGACGGCGCACCAAGACGACAACGAGGCGCUCAUAGACGUGAUGAAGGAAAGUAAGAUGACCCCCUCGGAGUUUCUGGACGUGUCUGUGGACUUCGUGAGCGACUUUUGCACGCUCUUGGCCGAUGCCAACUUUUCGUUGUUGACGCAGAAGGAAUGGGAGCUGGCGAAAGCGGAGGAUUUCAUGUUCACGCUGCCGUGCGACAUCGCCUGGGAUAAGUUCGAUAAGGAACUCCUUGGUACCUUUCUUAAGCAGAAUCCCGCUCUGAGCGAGGGCCUGACCCAAUUUGCCGACGCCGCCUUGCUGUUCAAGCGUGGCAAUGGCGUGGCGAAGGCAAAGGGCAUGUUCAUCAUGGAGAAGGUCGAGAUGUUCCUGGAGAUGUGCAUCAUGGAGCCUCUGCUGGCAAUCGUAGGCAGGCCCAAGACGGUGUUCGCGUCCCUAGGCGGUGUAGGAAAGAAACGCACUGCGAUGGUCAAGAAGGACGGCGCUGGCAAGGGGUUGAUUGAGGAGGAGAGGCAUGACGUCACGGUCAUCGAGCGUCGAACUCUUCGCCGUUUGCUGCCAAAUCCCCUGGCGAUUCUCAAGAACCUCUUCAAGACCAUGGAGCUUCAAGAGCCAACGUUCAAGGAGGUCGUGCUCUUGUAUCGCAUGGCCAAACCGGUGGAGGACCGUCAGGCUGGCCCCGGCGGAGUCGGACCCCUCAUCCUCAAGUCCUUCCACGACAUUCCCAUGGCGGACCUGGAGAUGAUCUUCCCCGAGGUGAACGUCACGGUGAAGUUCAAGGACAUGCUGAUAAACGUGACGCUCGCGAUUAUCGCCAUCAUCACCUUUCUUUGGACCCUCAUGACGGGAGGUUGGACCAAGGAGGUCAUCACGCUCAUCUCCGUUCUCGGCGGCAAGGUGGCGCAGUCUGUCACCGCGCUCAUGGCUGCGCAGACGCGAUACACGGGAAUGAUGGCCAAGGAACUCCAGGCGAAGAGCGCCAACAGCCAGACGGGCAUGCUGAUGCAUCUUAUGGAAUCGAUGGAAGAUCAGGAGUGCAAGGAGAUGAUCCUUUCGUACGCUGUCCUGGCUGCAAACGGGAAGAGCAUGACGCUCAAGGAGAUUGACGCGAAGUGCGAGUACGAGCUGUACGAUCGUUUCCGUCUCAAGAUCGAUUUCGACGUGGAGGGCGCCAUGGUCAAACUUCUUCGGGAGGGCCUCGUCGAACAGAGGGCUGGCGUGCUGUACACGGCGACCCCACUGAAGAAGGCGCUCAAGAGACUUGACACCAAGUGGGAUAACCUCUUUGACUACAGGGACGACGGCGGCGCGACCAAGGCGGAUGACGCAGCCAUGCAGCUGGAGGCGGCGAGGAAGGCGAGGUAUCAGACCGUGGAGGCGACGCUCAGGGAACAGCUGGCAAACACCGACGCGGAACGGGCAGCUGCGGUCGGAAAGCUCAAGGGGCAGCAAGAGGAGAUCGCGAAGAGGAUUAAGUUGCUUGAGGACGCGAUGAGCUCAUACAAGUGGCGGACGGGGUGA